AAUCUGGAUCAUUGACCAAAAGAGGUCGCCCUCCCAUCCCAGCAGACGAUCCGAUUAAAUUAUUUCGUUAAAUGUUAUGAAGAAGUCGGGUUUCUGUUUCGGAGCUCCGUAAAUGUUUCUUAAGUCAUGUAAGUGUGCAGGUCCCAUCUAGAGUCUCGGAAGCAUUGUCAUUGAAGAAGUGCAACGAAAGCAAAACUCAAGUUUUAAUUCAACUUGAAAAUUUGGAGGAUAUGUUGAUGUGAUCCAGACUGUGAAACAUCUACAUUUAACUUUUUUUAGCCAGACUUUCAACUUUGCUUUCAAAAUCUGCGUCAGAACACCAACAAUGGCCAAUCUCUUUGUGGCAUACGUUCUGUGGUUGUUCCUCGGAUGGCUAGGCGUGCAUCAUUUCUACUUGGGUCGCGACAGACAGGCGUUCGUCUGGUGGUCGACGUGCGGCGGCAUUUUCGGGUUAGGCUGGUUCCGGGACAUCUGGCGCAUACCGUCGUAUGUGGACGCCGCCAACAGAGAACCGUACUACAUGACGCGUCUGAAAGAAAAGAUUGCUAUGCGUAAAUAUCCGUCAUUCGACCCUGUGCGCUUUAUCGGUCAAACAUGCUUCGGGACCUUCAUGGGAUACCUCUCCAUGCUGACGAUUUCGGAGGAGUAUCACGUCGAAAAUCCCAUUCCUAGAAGCUGUUUGGUGCCAUUUGCUGUUGCAGUGGCCGUCCACAUUGUUGGGAACAUCGGCUGGGAGACGGUCUCCUUUAAGUGGGCCCUGGCUGGACCAUGUAUACUGGCACUCGUGUUCCCCGGUAACCCACAUAUCAUCGUCUACAUGGCCUUGUUGAGCUCUAUUCUGUCACAGUGGGAUCGCGGCUUCAAAACGGUCGAACCACCUCCAGCGGCGAGUUCAAGACAGCGGGGAUUCUGCACGCGAGUCUUCGUGCUUUGCUUGGCAGGGUCGUUAGUCAUUUCCAUGUGGGGGUCGGCCUUGUACUUCAACGCCUCGGUCACGACCUCCGACGGCGAAACCAUCAAAUUCCGAGAUGCGGUUGAUCACUUUUUCAAUUCUCCCUUCUGGAAGCAGUUCAAGGAGACCGUCCAGCAGCUGUUUAAUGAGUGGCAGGAGAGUGGUUGGGAGAAUAUGUGGAGUCGGUUCGUAGCGGCCUUAGAUCCGGAGGGAGAGCAGAAUGCCUAUGAGGUGUUGGGACUUUCCAAGAAUGCCACUAAAGAAGAAAUCACCAAGCGCUACAGGCAGCUCGCCAAGCAGUUCCACCCGGACAAGAACCUCAAAGGGAACCAAGAAGAGGUCGCGGAGAAGUUCAUGCAGAUCCAGGCCGCCUACGAGACGCUGACGAAGAUCAGAGACAGGAGGUCACGGACGAAAAGAUACUACGACAGUUCGGACUGAUCGUUGUUAGGUAGGUCAAAGGUCAGAAUCUCCAAGGUCAGGGGGCAAUCUGAAGGAGCUUUCUGUGCACAUAAUUUAUUUACCCCAUAGAAUAUUUUGCCGACCUAAUUUUGGUUAGAGUCAGCAUGCACAUUUAGCACGCAAAAAAUGGGGACUCCAAUUGGCUCCAAAUUUUCGUCGGUACAGAAAAUAUUUCCCAACAUUUUUUUGGUUACCAACAUUUUGGCCCGAAACUUUUGGCACCAGAACAGCUAAUGAAAAUUUAGCAAGCACAAGAAAUAUGUUUGAAUGAGAUUUUGCCUGCCAAUAUGCAAAUUCUGGACCCGAAAUUUUGCACUAAAAUUGGCACAAAUUUAAUCAACAGAAAACAUUUCCUGAGAACAUGUUGGUUACAGGCAACGCUUAACUUUGCCACAAAAAUUUAUAAUGCACAAAAAAUAUCCAAAGAAGCUUUUGUUACCAUGGUUACAGGCCAAAAUGCAAUUUUUCCCCCUUUUUUGACAUAUGAAUAUGCAUGUAUUGAACUUUCUGCUUGCAAAGUUUUUGAGUUGAAUUUUUUUGCAUAAUGUGUUGAUAAAGUAGCAUUUCAGUGUACUGUCGUGUGAAUCUCUCCUAUUGCAGUAAAUGAACUAAUUUUUUUCACAUCAGUAUAAAUAAAAUUUGUAAACACUUCUUCAGGAGCUUAUUUUGAAAUCUGCGUGUAUUUUUGUUUUAACCAAUGUAAGGUGAAAUGCGUUACUUAAAUUUAGUUUUCAGAAUAUAUGCCAAAAUGUAGAUUUGCCUUGAAUUUGGGGCGAGCACUUGUAAAUUUAAGGGUAAUUUCCUAUUUUAUUAACAAUUUCUAUAAAUUUCUAUUUUCAAAAUUUAUACACAAUCUUACCCAAGUCAUCUGUUAUUUUUUUUCAAAAUUCAAAUCAUGUUGUGUUAAACAAAUUAGAAUUACUUAACUUUUUUAAAUUUGCUGCAUGGUAAUUUAAGGUAAUUAUGGAUAAAUACAUUUUUCGCUUCACUCUAUUAUGGAGUACUUGAUUUCUGAUAAUUUUACGCAAGAAAAACCUUUGUGGAAAUAUAAUGCACUCUGAUUUAACUUGUUUUUGAUGAUACAAUAAUAAAUCAAAUUAUUAUAAUUUUAACAAUCA